AUGACAUCUCAAGAAGCAUCAUUGAGCUCCGACAUUGCCAAACUGUUUGCAAAAGACGUGGUACUACCAGGGGAUGUGAAAAGCUGCUUAGAUAAGCUCAACAAGCACUAUCAAGACGAAUAUGGUGACGAUGGCGAUGAUGGUGACAAUGGCGUUGUUCUGGAUGCGUUUGCCACUCGGCAGGUGAUGUGUCUUAUCAUGGGCUGCCUCAAAGACGCAACUGCUAUGAAAGAGUGGCUAAAGACGAACCACAGAAAUAAGACAAUGUAUGACCGAAAUCUGCCAGUGCCGCUCGGAAAGGUAGAAGGCCUUUCCAGCACGGAUGAGCAGGAGAAAUUCAAUGAUUUGCAACGGAAGUUGUGUUGGCCCUAUGAGAUGGGAGAACACUCGGAUGUUGUAUCGCCCAUGCUCUCUCCUUUUUAUACAUGCAACGGUCCAGUUGGAAAGGGGGCAUAUGCCAUUGUUGAGCCUGUCGAACGCGUGCAUCAUGUCGGAGAGAAAAAAAUUAUACGCUAUGCACGAAAGAGAUCUCUUGCAGGGAAAUCCGAGACAGCAUUGAAUGAAUUGAAGACCUUUACGAACAUGGGCUCUCAUCACCACGUUGUUCAGUUGGUGGGAUCGUACAGUUAUAAUGGCGAUAUGAACAUUAUUCUGAGUCCUUUGGCCGAUCACAACCUCUCUGAGUACCUGGAGGCUGAUAUGAACCCUCGAAAGGAAAAGGCCCUUAAGCGGUCGUUUGGGUGCCUGCUCUCCGGACUUGGAUUUCUUAGUGUCAAAAUACGACAUAAGGAUAUCAAACCACAAAAUAUCCUUAUUGAUGGAAGCAGGAUCUUGUUCACUGACUUCGGCAGCGCCUACAUGUUCGAAAAAGGACUUGCAGAGACUUUUCGAACAUUGCCUGGACUCAUCAAUCCAAUGUACGCUGCUCCCGAGGUUUUCAUAUCCAAUGAAAGGAGAGACGUAAAAACCGAUUUGUUCUCUCUAGGCUGCGUCUUCGCGGAAAUCAUAGCAGUUCUCUCGGGUAUGACAAUUACCGAAUUUUACGAGGAAAUAAAGGGAGUCGACGGAGAAAGUCGGGGCAUCCAGUAUUCGGACAAAGUCGAUGAGUUGCACAAAUGGCUGGACACAGUCAAAGCAACGCGACCUGACCUUUCCACACCCAUCGAUUGGUGCAAGAAGAUGACCAAGCAUGACUUAGCUGAACGCCCAAAGAUUACUACUCUGAUCCAAGAUGCAAGGAAGCAAUGCAUGAGCAAUGGUGAAUCGGAGGCUUAUUUCUGCGUGGAUUGCCUCAGUAAGCCAGCCGGUGGUACAUUGGAUCUGGUGACUGAAGAGGAGGAUGUGAGGGGAGAGGAUAACAUCAUCAGUGACACGGAAAAGGUCAACAAAAAAGACGACUACGGUGUGACACGGCUGAGCGCAGCCGCAUCGCAGGGAGACGAGAAGCGGGCGAAGAAGCUUCUAGAUGCAGGAGCAGAUCCUAACAUAAAGGAUCCGAACGAAGCGGGCACGUCAUUGCACUGGGCUGCCGAGGGCGGUGACCCGAACACGAUCAGACACAUCUUGAAGAAGGGAAAUGUCAAGAUCAAUGACCAAAGUCGCUUUCAUGGCACUCCGCUCUGCUGGGCGGUGCAAAAGAGAUUUCUGGCUGCCGCGGCAGUUCUGCUCGAGUUCAACGCGAAUGUUGAUUUGAAGAAUCAGACUGGUUUAACGCCGCUGCACCUGGCGGCUCAGAAUGGAGAUGCAGAUAUGGUCAAGCUUCUGCUUGACCACAAUGCCAGCACUACAGAAACAGACAAGAGGGGCCGGACGGCGCUGAACUUGGCACAAGAAAGCGGAGAGGAAGAGGUGGUCGCAUUGCUUCGAGAUGCGAGCCAUGUUCCGGUGGACGAAGACCAGGGACAGACUACUACCUCGAUGCCAUAUCGGCUUGCUCAGGAGCCGAACUACUAG